AUGAUGAAAAUAGCACGCGAAAAGCUAGCGGCUACAUGGAUUGUAGUUAAAGGACAAAAGCGAACUGAUCAAAUCACUUACCAAACCCUAGAAAUGUAUCGACCGUUGUUCAAAUAUCUCAACGGAAAAGAUAUCGCUAAGCUAAACUUAAGUGAUACCCGAAUAUUGAGGUACAUCGGAACACACGCCGGCUUAGACAGACACCAGGUUUUUUACCACAUUCACGCCUGUGAUCCACUGCAGCGACGGUUUUAUUUGGCUAUGAUGACAAGAACUCAGGCGCUGGGCAAGGCAUAUAGCUGGAAUGCACGUGAUGUAUCGCGCUUAGGGUAUCUUCUAGCAGAAGUUGAAGGACCUGACCUAAGCGCCAUUAAUCCGGAAGCUGUUGCUGGAAUAACUGCACAUGUAACUUUUAAUGUUAUAACUUUAUUUAACAGUUAUAAAUACCAACAACUUUUAAAUAGUACUCUUUGCAAUUCAAAAAAUAAGGCACAGAUAAGGCAAAGAUCUUAA